AUGGACACCCGUUCAACCCCCAAUCGUCAACUCCAAACCCGGUAUUUAGUCGGCUAUAACCUUGUCUGCGCUGUACUCUGGACAGCUGUGCUUGGUCGUGUCAUAUUUCUGGUACCCCUCGUAGGCUUUGGGAAUGUACAUGGUGGCGUAGGCGAAUUCACAAAAUGGACGCAGACCCUUGCGUUGCUUGAGGUUUUGCAUUCGGCCUUAGGCCUCGUCCGCUCCCCCCUCCUCACAACCAUAUUGCAAGUCUCCUCUCGCCUCCUCCUUAUCUGGGCCGUCGUCAACCGCUACCCCUCCCCCACGGCAUCCUCCCCCUUCUACAGCUUCAUGCUGCUCGCCUGGUCCGUCACAGAGGUCAUACGCUACAGCUACUUUGUCUGGAACCUGCAGGGACGCGGCGUACCCGGAUUCGUAACGUGGUCAAGAUAUAACACUUUCUAUGUGUUGUAUCCAAUUGGGAUUUCUAGCGAGUGCAUACUCAUUUGGAAGGCAAGCAUGGUUGCGGAGAGGCCUUUGCAAUUGGUGUUUUGGGGGCUGUUAGGGGUCUACGUCCCAGGGAGUUAUAUCCUUUUCACGCAUAUGAUUGCACAGAGAAGGAAGGUCAUGAGAGGAAAAGCGGUUGACAGAAGGGAUUGA